AUUAAUUUAUACAGUGUAGAAAUUGAUCAAGAAAUCCGAAUUAAUUUAAUUAUCAGAAAAAAAUAUAUAAGAUUUCUUGAAGAUUGUUAUUUUAUGACAUUAAAAUUAUUAUGUCUGGAUAUCUCUGGGGUGUAGCGCAUCUUGUGAAUGAUCCCUCUAAUGAGUUACUGGAGGUAAUUCAAAGGCGACUAUUUAAAAUCGAUAUAAGUCAACCCCCUGGUGAUAAUGUUGAGAAAAAACCAACCGAAACUACUGUUCCUUUACCAACACCAAGGCGAAAGGAGACCGCCAUUGACACGUCCGAUUUUGAAAGUAAUUUAAUGGCAAUUCGAAACCAAAAUUUUCGCUCUCAACAUGUUCAAGUUGGUAAAGUGCCCCCAAUUAAAAAAGAAAAGUCACUUCAAUGCCGUUGCACCCCUCCUACGGCUAGUAAAAGUACAAGCGUUCAAAAAAUAAGUCAUACGGAUCAAAGCUGUGGUUCUCAAAACCUUUUCAUCAUGAGAGAUGGGCACGCCAGUCCACGUACUGAAACAAUUUGUCAAGCUCAUAGAGAAACAUUACUACUUCUUCAACAGUGGACAUCUGUUGAUUCUAACAGAAAAAAGAAAAGGCGUUAUUUAAACGGCCUCGUGAAAACUGUUAUGCGCAGUAUUGUAAAUUAUUUUAAUGUACAAAAGAUUGAACCAUUUUCUCAAUACCCUUACACAGAAAAAGAAAACAUGCAAUUAUUUAGAUGUGCCAGUAUUCAUAAAACAGAUAAUAAAUCACGAAAGCAUUGUUCUUAAUUAGUUAA